GUAAUAUUUUUUAAAUUUUGAAUUGUUUUUGAGGCUUGUUACAAAUCAUUCAGUUUAUUUAUUUUAUAUAUUUAUAUAAUAACUUAGACAAUUCCGAACCUGAAUGUAAUUUAUUUUUUAUUAGAGUGCGCAAAGAAAUGGCUUUUCGAUCAAUUUGUAGAACACUUAACCGCGUUCAAAGUCCUCUUCUAGUGUGGGACAAUAUUUUCGAUUGCAAUGGAACUGAUAUUAUAGUGUGUAUUACGGGUAAUCCAGGAAUAACAGACUUCUAUGUAGAAUUUGGUUCCGAAGUACAUAAAAAUACGGGACUUCCUGUAUGUGUCAUUGGACAAGCUGGACACGAUGAACCUGCGAGCAAACCUGACGGAACAUUACAAAAUGAUGAUAAUUUAUACAAUCUUAAAGGUCAAGUAGCACAAAAGUUAGAUCUUAUUAGUAGCCAUAUAGAUAAAAAAAGUAAAAUACAUUUUAUAGGUCAUUCUAUAGGAGCUUGGUUGAUUAUUGAAUUAUUGGAAAAAAAUCCCCAUUUGACUACUAGAGUUUCAUCUGUGACUUUAUUAUUUCCUACAUUACAAAAAAUGGCAGAAAGUCCAAAUGGAAAACGUAUAUUCAAUUUGGUAAAGACAUAUCGUACACUAAUAAAAUUAUUGCUAACGCUUCUAGAUUAUUUACCACUUUUUGUGAAAACAUUACUAGUGGAUAUAUAUUUAAAAUUGAAUUCACUCCCUUCUCAUUAUAGCGAUAGAAUAUUAAAAUGCAUCAAUCCAAAUACAAUGGAUAAAGUUAUCACUUUAGCGCUAGAUGAAAUGGAAACAGUGACUGUAUUAAAUAAGAGUGCAAUUGACAGGUUUAAACAUUUAACUUGCGUUAUUUACAGUAACAGAGAUGAUUGGGCACCAAUCGAAUAUUUUAAAGAUUUCUUAGAUUUUGAACCAUCUAUUGAAAUGAAAUUAGUAGAUAUUAGUCACGCCUUUGUCCUUAAAUCUUCAAAACGCGUAGCGGAUUUGGUGGUAGACUUUAUUAAAACAAAAAUUUAAUAAACCUACGUAGUAAGGGGAUCGGAAAUGAUUGUUUAAUUAAUAUGUGCAAUUUGAUUUAUUAUAAAUUGUUACCCAUUUAUGUUACAUUACAUGAAAAUUAUAAUAUAGGUGUGUGAUAUAUAUUUAAUAAUCUAAUUUGAAGAAAAUUGAUAACAUAAAAAAUUACAUUUACGUAUAAAUAAUAAAUAUCGUGAAAAUAUUAGGUAAAGGCAUUGACAUAAAAGUAAGUUAUCUCAUUUCGGUUUGGUAUAACAUGGAUAAGAAUAUAUCUUUCGAAAGGGUAAAAUAUUUUAAAUACUUAAGAUCCAGAGGGCCAAAUUCUAUACAUAGUUUGGUCACUUUUAUUGAUAUAGCAUUGUACAUAGGUAUGUAUAUAGCACAGUCGGCGCUGUGCAUUGCAUAGUAAAGCUAAUCCCCAAAACUCGACAAAUAUUUAUUUUCGAAACGAGUCUGAAAUGCUGCUUUAGUAGAUUUAUUUAAAUUUAGCGAUAAGGAAUAAUAAGAGAAUAAAAAAAAGAAGUAAAGAGAAGGCAAUACAUUCCAUUUUUUAAAUUUUAUAAUUAUUCAUUUUAUAAAUGUUUUAAGCCACAAUGUAAAUAUGACGUGCAUAUUGCAUUUAAAUAAGUACAUAAUUUAUGGGUAUUGUAACAGUUUAAUUUAUAUUCUUAAAAAUAUGAGUACUUAUACAUAAUAAAAUUAAUAUAUACAAUUCAGUAAAAAUAAUAA